GGGAUGAUGCACGACACAGUAAAUCGAGCCGAAACGGCACUCAACAAGCAAGCAGCAAAAGCAAGGCAAUGGAUGAAGCGCGUGAAGCCGGCAGGGCCCUAGUUCCUUUGAAACUGCGUCUUGGACUGCGAUGGCCCUAGCCAAUGAAGAUCCACAUGCGCGCGUCUUGCAGUCGGAAUGACGUAACCAUCUGGUGCUUUGUACCAUAGCUCCCGUAUCCGUGCGCAAACAGCUGCCUGCAGCUCUUUAAAACCGCUGCUGCCGCUACAUCCUCUUCUUCUUCUUCGUUCAUCUCUUCUCCAGAGUCUUGUUGCUGUCGUUCAAUUCACGACACCUAACACCACCGUCAACAUGAUUGUCGACCACUUCGAGGAAGUCUUGAAGAAGACGUCCCUUCUUCUUCCCCUCCCCACAGCCACGGCAACGGCUUCGGCUACACACGUAGCUCCCAUCCCCACUGUCAUGCCCGACACGCCAAUUGAGCAGUUCGUUGGCGAUGCCGGCAGCAGGACGCUAUGGGUUGUCUUCGUGCUCAUGCUCCUCGCGUCGGCUGGCUUCACUGCCUUGUCGUGGAGGAUCCCGGUGUCUAAACGCCUCUACCAUGUCAUCACGACUGUCAUCACCCUCACUGCUGCUCUCUCCUACUUCGCCAUGGCCACUGGCCACGGUGUGUCUGUCCACAAGAUCUACGUCCGCCACCAGCACGACCACGUCCCGGAUACGACUGAGGUUAUCCACCGCCAGGUCUUCUGGGCCCGUUACGUUGACUGGAGCAUCACCACUCCUCUUCUGAUCCUCGACCUUGGUCUCUUGGCUGGCAUGAACGGUGCCCACAUCACCAUGGCCAUCAUUGCCGACCUCAUUAUGGUCUUGACCGGUCUCUUUGCUGCUUACGGCUCUGAGGGUACCCCCCAGAAGUGGGGCUGGUACACCAUUGCCUGCAUUGCCUACAUCUUUGUCAUCUGGCACCUUGCCUUGAACGGAGGAUCCGCUGCGUCUGCCAAGGGCCAGAAGCUCCGAUCGUUCUUCGUAGCCAUUGGCGGUUACACUCUCUUGCUCUGGACUGCCUACCCUAUUGUCUGGGGCUUCGCCGAUGGUUCUCGCAAGGUUGGUGUUGAUGGCGAGAUCAUUGCUUACGCUGUCUUGGACGUCCUUGCCAAGGGCGUCUUCGGUGCCUGGUUGCUCUUCACCCACCGCAGCAUGGCUGAGACUGACGUUGAGGUUGGUGGCUUCUGGGCCAACGGUCUUAACCGCGAGGGCUCCCUCCGCCUCGAUGAGGACGGUGCUUAAACGCGUCCCUCACAAUUGACUUCUCUGUCAACUGUCGGUUCAAAUUGCGAAAGAAGAGUCUUGGUCACGGUGUUCACAUGGUGAACAACGGUGGUGACCAAGGAGGUGCAUGGAAUGAGAAGGAGUCUCCCAUCUGUCCUUGACAGUAUCAAUCAACAAGUAUAGCAUCAUGUGUAGUGUUUAAAUGAUGUAUGUAUCAAGCGUUAGGCAUGC